AUGACCUCGCCGCCGCUUAUCGUCGCGUUCACUGCAAGUGUGGCGUUUUUGGUGUGGCGCUUUGCGCGCACCGUCUUCGCUCCCGGGAAUUCAGUAGAACAACUUCCGGGACCGCCGCCGCAGUCAUGGGCAAAGGGCAUGUCGAAUAGAAACAUGGGUCAAAUAUUCCACUACAACGCCUGGGAGUACAUUCGGAACUUGUCCGAGACCUACGGCCCAAUAUGCUGUGUGCACAGCUUCUUUGGCACGAAGGCAAUCCUCAACUAUGAUGUGAAGGUGAUGCAUGCGGUAUACAUCAAGGACAAGGAGACAUGGCAUAGGAGCCGGCUGGGGCUACAGACGGGAAUGGCGUGCCUCGGCCCGGGUCUCCUCUCAACACAAGGCGAUACUCACAGACGUCAGCGCAAGAUGCUCAACUCCGUCUUCUCCGCGCAGUACAUGCGCGGCCUCACUCCCUUCUUUUACGAAGUCGCCGGCAAGCUAGAAUCCUCAAUGGCCGCGCGAGUCAACACAGGGGACGAGCAACUCGAUGUCGUGGGGUGGAUGGGUCGCGCUGCGCUCGAACUCAUCGGCCAAGGCGCGCUGGGGCACAGCUUCGACCCGCUCGUCGUGGACUCGAAGAACGCGUUCACCGACACUGUGAAGUCAUUCUUCCCGUCUAUGGCCGACAUCAGAUAUGCGUUCGCGCUCCUCACGAUGGCCGGAGGGGCGCGAGGGCCGCGCUGGCUGCGCAGACUGAUUGUGCGGGCGUGGCCUGAUCCCGCGGUGCAGCGCAUGCGACGCCACACCGAAGUCAUGUCUGAAUUCGGGAGCAGGUUGAUCGCGGAGAAGAGGGCGGCGAUCGAGCGCGGAGACGACGCGCUGUUGCACCAAAUCGGGGAAGGGAAGGACGUGAUGAGCAUCUUGCUGCGCGAGAACACGGCUGCGUCUGCGGAAGACCGGCUUCCAGACGAGGAGCUGCUCGCUCAGAUAUCAACGUUCAUCCUGGCGGGUGUAGACACGACGUCCAACGCGCUCGCACGGGUGCUUGAAGUCCUGUCUCUUCAUCCAGAGGCUCAAGAGAGGCUCAGGAGCGAGAUCUUGGAGGCUCGCACACAGUACGGUCGAGAGAUUCCAUACGACGAACUGAACGCGUUGCCGUAUCUGGACGCGGUCUGCAGAGAAACCUUGCGGUUGUACUCCCCGGUUACAUUCUCCACACGAGAGGCGACGAAAGAGACCGUCCUUCCGCUGAGCGAACCUGUGAACGGUCUCGACCACAUCGUCGUACCGAAGGGUACGAUGGUCAUCACGAAUAUCGCCGCUUGUAACACUCAAAAGGCCCUCUGGGGCGAGGACGCGUACGAGUGGAAUCCAGACAGGUGGCUGAAGCCGCUCCCUGUCGCGCUCGAUGAAGCUCGUAUUCCUGGGAUCUACGCGAACUCCUUCACGUUUUCUGGCGGCGCGUACUCGUGCAUCGGGCUCAAGUUUUCGCAGCUUGAGAUGAAGGUAGUCCUGUCCACACUCGUCGCCGCAUUCCGCUUCGAGCCUGGCACCAAGAAGUACGUCUGGAACCUCGCGGUCGUCGCUUAUCCGGCCGCCCACGUCGGAGACAAGGACCCGGAGAUGAUGCUCAAGGUCAAUCCAGUAAAGGUUUCGUAG